AUGCCGCUAACGGUCGUCAUCUUCGGGGCGACCGGAGACCUCGCUCGCAAGAAGCUGUUCCCUGCGCUGUACGAGCUCAUGUUGCAGGAGCACAUCCCGCGCUGGACGUCCAUCGUCGGCUGCGGCCGAUCGCCGCAGGACCCCGACGCCUUCCUCGCCAAGCAGUGCGUCAAUGUGCGCGAUGACCCCGCAUGGCCCCGCGACUGCUUCCUCCGGCUUGUCCGCUACCACUGCCUCGAGGGCGGGUACGCGGACGCGCGCUCGCACGCGAGGCUCGCCGACGAGGAGGUGCGACGCUACGAGGAGCGCCACCCCACGGGCCCUUGCGGCAACCGGCUCUUCUUCCUCUCAGUGCCUCCGGCCGUGUUUGGCGCGGUCGCAGAGAUGGUGUCGGCGCACGGCAGGGCGGCGGCGGGCGGCUUCACGCGGCUGCUGAUCGAGAAGCCGUUCGGCCGCGACUCCGCCUCGUUCGAGGAGCUCAACUCGCUCACGGCGCGCCACUUCGACGAGACGCAGCUCUACCGGAUCGGCCACUACCUUGCUCGAGCCCUGAUCGACCACUACCUCGGCAAGGAGAUCCUGCUCAACAUUUCUUCGCUCCGGUGGGCAAACUCGCUCUUCGAGCCUCUCUGGUCGGCGGAGCACAUCGAGGCGGUGCAGGUCACCUUCAAGGAGGACCUCGGCACGCAGGGGCGCGGAGGCUACUUCGACGGCGUCGGCAUCGUCCGCGACGCCCUGCUCUUCCUGACCAUGGAGCCGCCAGAGGACAUGUCCGCCGCCGCCAUCCUCGCCGCCAAGGUGUCGCUGCUCAAGUCGGUUCGCACGCUCGACCUCCGCCGCGGCGACGCCUUCCUCGCGCAGUACGGGCCCUCGGAGGACGGCGGGAGGAAGGGCUACCUCGACGACCCGACCGUCGACCCGCGCUCCCGCUGCCCCACCUUCGCCGCCUGCGUGCUCUCCAUCGACUCGGACCGGUGGCGAGGCGUCCCCUUCCUCCUCUCGGCAGGGAAGGGCCUCGACGAGCGGCUCUGCGAGGUGCGCGUUCGCUUUCGGCCAAAGCCGUACAACGCCCUGCUUGGCGUCGACUCCGCCAACGAGCUGGUGAUGCGCGUGCAGCCCGACGAGGCCAUCUACGUCGUCGCCGUCGCGAAGACGCCCGGCCUCUGCGCCGGCGUCGGGCGCGAGGAGCGCCGCACGCCCGAGCGCCGCACGCCCGUGGCGAUGGGGCUUCGGUACGCGACGCAGUUCGGAGACGGCUCCCCCUUUGUCGCGCCCGACGCCUACGAGCGGAUGCUGCUCAACGCCGCGCGCGGCGACCAGGCGCUCUCGGUCAGCGCGGCGGAGCUGACAGAGGCGUGGCGCAUCUUCACGCCGCUGCUGCACCAGAUCGACGAGGAACUUCCGCCGCCAGUGGUGCACCCCUUUGGCCAGACGCCGCGCGGGUACGAGGCGUGGACCGAGGCGCACGGGGUCGACAUCGCGCCGCCGGCGACGCACUGGUCGGCCAAGGAGGCCGAGGCGCACGCCGCUGCCAAGGCCUCGGCGAUGGCGGCCGCCAAGGCCGCCGCCGCGCCGCCGCUGGAGCCCCGCGACCCGAUGGAUUCGGACAGCUUCAUGUGGUGAGCGGACCUGACAC